UUUCAGGGGUAACAUCAAAGACUCCGCCUCUCCUCGCGACAAUUCCAACCGUUAACAACUGUUCUCGGUUGUAAAUCCAGUUCGUUGUUUAACCGCACGUAACGUUGGUCAGUUUUUUUCACGCUGUACGAUCGGUGUUUUUUCCACUACUUUAGUAUUUAAUACUGUCGUUUAAUUGACUACGUGAUUUUUGAGUUAUAUCUUCGUCGAAUUUUAUAAUUUUGUGACAAUUUUCGAGAGUCGAUUUCACGCAAAUUUUUUCGCUAAUUGGAGAACUUUUUUGUGCAAUUUAUACUCGCGAUGAUACAUUCGUAUAUUAUUUGUUUACUUUGAUUCUUCGAGUCUUAUCAGUGCUUCUUCAGUUAUUUUUUUGUUCAAAGUGUUUGAGUCAGCGUUUCCUCUGAGAUUAUCGUUUCUGGUUUCUUACGGACUAAACCCUGGAAAGGUUCUCGGGUUUUACGAGGAAAAGAAACGUCUCGCGUGUCAACGCUUGAAGAUUAAGUGUUUUGGAACUUAUACACGCUGACAAUUGAACUGGUAUCGUGUGCGAUUGCUUCAUCAAUAAUGGCAUUGUAUAAGACUUUAAUUAAAUUAACUGCGAUAAAUUACAUCGGGCUCAUCGUCGAGUUAUAUUAAAAGUUUUAUUCGUAAUAAUUACACUCGACUUAAUAAUGACAGCAUCAACCAUAAUCAACGAAGAGAAUGAAAAUAUGAAAUCGUCGAUGUGUAGUUCGUUGUCUGGCGACGAAGAGCACGAAAUAAACGUCGAAUCUGGUAGUGAAGAUUACGAAGAAGAAAAUGAAGAUUUGGACGAAGACAUGUGCAAUACCGGUACCGAUAACGAAACAGAUAUACCAGGAAACAUAUCAGUAUCCUCAGCUUCAUCGUCGCCAUCAUCAACGUUACCAUUCAGCAUUUCACGAUUACUCAGCGCCGACAAAGAAAUCGUCAAUGGUCACAAUUACGAAAACUCGCAUCGCCUUCAAAACCCCGAAGCUACUUCGCUGUACUCGAAUUCGGCGAUUUUCUCGGCUUCGAAACCGGUCAACGGGGCUGAAUCUGUGAUUUAUUCGGCAGCUGGAGGUGUAAUCAAAGUUCCAGCUCAUCGACCUAAUCCAAAUUCUUCUAUGAAUGGACCUACUUUACACCAAAGUCCAGCUUUAGGAUCUCCUUUUCCAUGGCUUGCCAUGGAUCCUACGGUUAUCAUGCAGAGGAACGCUGCCGCCGCCAUGCUCGCUUCACACGUUGCUAAAGAAAGACUCACAGCUGCUUUCCCAAUCACAAGAAGAAUAGGCCAUCCAUAUCAAAACAGAACACCUCCAAAAAGAAAAAAGCCACGCACAUCGUUCACCAGAUUACAAAUAGCAGAACUAGAAAAACGAUUUCACAAACAAAAAUAUUUAGCAUCGGCGGAAAGAGCUUCGCUAGCAAAAAACCUCAAAAUGACCGACGCCCAAGUGAAAACGUGGUUUCAGAAUAGAAGAACUAAAUGGAGAAGACAAACAGCAGAAGAAAGAGAAGCCGAAAGGCAAGCAGCUAGUCGUUUAAUUAUGUCAUUUCACAAUGAAGUGAUAAGUAAAGGGUUAUAUGGUACAACUCCAGCAUCGCUGGAAAGAGAGGCGACACCCUCGUUUAACGCUUUGCAAGGACUCCAAAGCUGGGCAUCAACUUCUCCAGUUGGUCUGCCCGUACAACCAACUUCGGAACACCAUUCGUCGCCUCCGACUCAUUACUCGAUCUCUACGCAACCACCCAUUGCUUCACCAAUUUGUUAAUCAUUAAGAAAUAUCCUAUGUCUACAUGCACCCCUUAUCGAAAGAAUCGAGGCAGAAAAAUUCCAAAACUCUAGACAUAAAAACUCGUUCAAAAAAUUACAGAUUUCGAUCGUUCAGCCUUCUACACUUUCGAAAAGGGAUGUUUAACUUUUUCGUGUAAUUUAAAAAAUAAAAAGAAGAGAACUUUUCAGUAAUUUUUCGCAUUUUCCUAAGUUUUAUUUUGUGACUUAUUUUUUAAAAGUUUUAGCGGAUGUAUUUUUUUUUCUUUUCAAAAAAAGUGAUGUGCCAUUAUGCGUUGAAAAGAUGCUUUUUAUUUUCGUUAUUUUCAUUCAAUUGCGACAGUUGGUCUGCUAAAUUGAAUCAGUUUUAUUUUUGUUUUCGUUGUGUAAUUUUGGUAACAUCUACUUGGUGAUAUGUAAUAUUUUUUGACUGUAAAUUGUUCCGUAAGUACAAUUCGUAUGUAAAUACGAAAUUAUUUUUUACAUAGUUGAAACUUUAAUUUAUUUAUUCAUUUAUUCAAUCAUUUUUCAAAAACCCAAAUAUGUAUAACCUUUUUUGUCACUUUAAAUUCACAAAAAAUUUUCAUUUUGCAACGCUAAAUUUUAAAUUAGGUACUUAUUAUUAAACGGGUGUAUCUAAGUAGGUAAUUUGAAAUUUGAAAAAAAUAUGUGUGGGAGUAGGUAUUGAAGAAACAGAGUAGGUAAGCUUUGUAAAACAAGCAACCUGAUUCCAUUGAAAGAAUAUUUUAUUAACUCAGUGCUUAGGGAUAAAAUCGCGUGCCUAUUGUGCAUCUGCCUAUUUUAAAACGUUUUUGCAAGAUUAUUUCGAUGACUUUGUUGCAGUAAAACCUCAUCUACGAGUUUUCAAAAACUUGAUUAGAAAACAUUUUAAAUACCUAAUUGCGAUAAAGUGCAGAGGAGCUGAAAUACCUCUAAAUGUUUCAGGGCUAUGCAAUAAAACGAGCUAAGAAAAUUUUCAAUUUUUUUAAUUCAAAAGAAAACUAUAAUUCGCUUAACUAGGUUAAAAUAAAUACGCUACCUACCUAAUCGGAUUUUUAUUUUGUACGUUGCAUUCGAGUCGUAAAUUUUAGCAAAAUUUUAUUCAAUUUAACCUCUCAUAGAGACGGUUAAAGUUCCUAAAAGGACUCCUGCUUACACUUCUAUAUAAAUAGGUUCAAAAAUUAUUAUUAGCUUUUCGACGGAAAAUACCUAAGGUAAAAAUUAUCAAAAUGAGCAAUAUGAAAAUGAAACAUUGUUAUUGUCUAUUACGAAAAUAUUUUUCUACGAAGUGCAUAUACUUAACUAACUUAUUUAGUUGGACUAUAAAUUACGUCAUCUUUAAAAAUGCUUUCUCUUAUGAUAAUUUCACCAUUUUAUUGCGAUUUAUUUUAACGAGUUACUAUGUUUUACUGUUCAAUUUCCUCUAUGUAUUUUUAAUGUACCUAUAUGAAAAUUUAUUUAUGUAGAAAUAAUUGUAAUUGAAAGAAAACUUUGUACCUGUAAUUAAUUAUUAUAAUUUUUCUUUCUUUUUUUUUCUAAAUUAUACGUAAGUAUAUUUGUAAAAGUAUACUAAGGUAUAUACAUUGUUCAUUGUUACUUUAUUA